CAAUCGAAAUCCAGCGUGUACAAUUAAACGUUUGGCACCCGAAUCGUCAAAAUUCCAAAAACGUGAAUGGGUCUCUCUAUAGUGGAGGCGGUGUGCGAUUGCAAUGAAAGCAGCACAUCGUCUCAGACCUUAAAAUGUUACAUCACAACGAAGGAUCUCCUACCAUCAUGCAAACCACUCAUAAAGGCCACAAUGAACACAAGAUGCACUUUUCGUCGCAUGAUAAUUUCUACUCUCAUAAUAAUCAUAAUCCUGGCUAUUAUAUAUUGUUUGUCAAUCUCUGGACAACACAUACAAAAUAUCGGUAGAAAUUUAAGAAGCCAAAUUCAAGCUCGAAUUAACGAACCGCUACCUAGAAUAUUACAAUUUCGAACAAUAGAGAUUCCUAGAUCGGAGGCAGAGCCAGAGUCAGAGGCAGGGUCAGAGCCAGAGCCAGAGCCAGCGCCAGAGCCAGCGCCAGAGCCAGCGCCAGAACCAGCGCCACCUCCACCAGAGCCAGAAUUAGACGUAGAUAUAAGAGAUUGA